GGUAACGCGCGCGUCCUCAGCGCGGAGGACUUGGCGGUGCCGCGGACGACGAUCUCGGGCAAGCGCACGUUCGCUUGUUGACACUCAAUACAUUGGGGAACUCAGCGCCGCACACAAAGGAGUUGAAGCGUGAUUCGCGCGAAUGACAGAGUAUGAGUGUUGACCCCUGAACACAAACAUAAUGCACUGCCGCCUUCUGAGUCUCCUAUCGUUUUGGGUUCCGCUGUUCGGUUCCGUGGACGCAGUUGGCUGGACGGACAGCGUUUAUCACGGGAGCCCCAAAAACGCGAGCUUCGAUAUCAGCUACAACGACUCUGUCAGAGGCGAGCAGGAGAUCGUGUACGCCUUCAGACAUACGGUUUCUAAAAAUCAGACAAAAGGGGUGCGUGUAUCAGUCACUGUCUUCUCAGACAACGUGGAGAAUCCUGUGCUCUUCGUGGUACGUCAGAAACAGGCAGUCGUCUCAUUCCAGGUGCCGCUCAUCUUGCGUGGGCUCUAUCAGAGAAAGUAUGCCUACCAGGAAGUGGGACGUACCCUGUGCCAGCCACCCACUCGCAGUGAGGUUGAAAAGCAGCUUUUCUAUGUUGAUGUGUCCACGCAGUCCUCCAACAAUGUGUCCUAUCAGCUGAGGGUGAGCCACGUGGACAGCUUCCUUCUGCAAACUGGUGUGCUUUUCCAGUUUGUUGCUACGCCUGCUCAGCCUCAGUUUUUCAAAUAUAUCUUCCCAGAGGGAAUGGAUUCUGUUAUUGUGAAGGUGAACACCAGCUUCUCCUUCCCUUGCCUGGUUAUCUCCAUACAAGAUAUUCUGUGUCCAGUCUACGACCUGGAUAACAAUGUUGCCUUCAUCGGCAUGUACCAGACAAUGACCAAAAAAGCAGCCAUCACAGUGCAGAGGAAGGACUUCCCGAGUAGCAGCUUCUAUGUAGUCAUUGUGGUGAAGACUGAAGAUGAAGCUUGUGGAGGCCCUUUGCGUCUCUACCCACUAAUUCCAGAUGAGCUGAUAAACGCUGGAAACCGCAGCAAAGUGCUCAGUGUAACUGUGACUCCUGCUGUAAGCUCCGAUGUCUAUGUGAUGGGCACACUGUUCUGUCUGGGGAUCUUCCUUGCAUUCUAUCUUCUCACGUUUAUCACCUUUUGUCUGGAGAACAAGCGGUUAAACAGGAAGAAGGAAGGGCUUCUCAGCAUCCCCGGGGCAUCCCCCGCAGAGACAGCAUCUCUCUUAGGCAAGGAAGAUGUCCCAGGUUCUCCAUGUGGACCGUUCAAGUAUGGCUCCAUUGACAAGCGAUCCACUGCCAGCUCCGAUGUCAUUAGUGACUCCAGCUGCACUUGUUCCGAGCAGCCCCUGGACAGUAUGGCCAGCCAGUUGCGAAAAGAGUCUCUCAGCUCCGUGGAGGAAGAUGACUAUGACACACUGGCCGACAUUGACUCGGACAAGAAUGUCAUCCGCACCAAGAAGUACCUGUACGUGGCUGAUCUGGCACGCAAGGACAAGCGUGUCCUUAAUAAGAAGUACCAGAUCUACUUCUGGAACAUUGCCACCAUUGCUGUCUUCUAUGCAUUGCCUGUAGUUCAGUUGGUAAUUACAUAUCAGACGGUAGUCAAUGUGACAGGAAAUCAGGACAUCUGUUAUUACAACUUCCUUUGUGCCCACCCCCUUGGAGCUCUCAGUGCCUUCAACAACAUCCUGAGCAACCUGGGUUACGUGUUGCUUGGUCUGCUCUUCCUGUUAAUUGUGCUGCAGAGAGACAUCCUCCACAAGAGGGCACUGCUGAAAAAUGAGUUGCUGGCUCUGGAGUGUGGGAUCCCUAAACAUUUUGGCCUCUUCUACGCCAUGGGGACGGCCCUGAUGAUGGAGGGGCUGCUGAGCGCCUGUUACCAUGUCUGUCCCAACUACACCAACUUCCAGUUUGAUACGUCCUUCAUGUACAUGAUCGCAGGCCUCUGCAUGCUGAAGCUUUAUCAGAAGAGGCACCCAGACAUCAACGCCAGUGCCUACAGUGCUUAUGCCAGCCUGGCAGCAGUCAUCUUUUUCUCAGUACUGGGAGUGGUGUUUGGGAAGGACAAUAUGGUAUUCUGGAUAAUCUUCUCCGUUAUCCACAUUGUGACCACUUUGCUGAUCAGCACCCAGCUGUACUACAUGGGCCGCUGGAGAUUCGAUGCGGGCAUUCUGAGGCGCAUAGUACACGUCUUUUACACAGAUUGUAUCCGGCAGUGCACUGGACCCCUCUACGUGGAUCGCAUGGUUUUACUGGUGAUGGGAAACCUGGUUAACUGGUCACUGGCUGCCUACGGUUUGACCAUGCGUCCCAAUGACUUUGCCUCCUACCUGCUGGCCAUUGGCAUCUGCAAUCUCCUCCUGUACUUUGCCUUUUACAUCAUCAUGAAGCUAAGGAGUGGUGAGCGUAUCAUGCUGUUUCCUUUCCUGUGCAUCAUCUGCACAGCUGUGGUGUGGGCGUUGGCACUUUUCUUCUUCCUUCAGGGUCUCAGCACCUGGCAGAAAACACCAGCCGAGUCACGAGAGCACAACAGGGACUGCAUUUUGCUCAGCUUCUUCGAUGACCAUGAUGUCUGGCAUUUCCUGUCAUCCAUUGCCAUGUUUGGAUCCUUCUUGAUCCUCCUCACGCUAGAUGAUGACCUCGAUUGCAUCCAGAGAGAUAAGAUCUACGUGUUCUGAUUGGGGGCCAGGGAGGAUGAAGAUGAAGAUCACGCAGGCUGACCCUGCUGGACAGCUGUGGCCGUAGAUGCCCAGCUAAGCUGGACGAGUUGCAGUCAGACGGCGCGCCGCUGCCAGACAACAAGCCAGCUUGAGGACUUAAUUUUGACAGAAAGAAGCACAGCCUUUUGUUCCCCACACAAAGCAGUGGCAGUGGACCCUGGGUGGCGGCUGGAUCCUGUUACACGGCCGUCGUAUCUGGGGCAGCCCGAGUGCCAGCAGGAUCUGCCCGCCUUUCACUUGAUUGCCUUUUAGUGCCACAGAGGUGCAUCUCUGCCAUGAAGAGCCACCUGGAAGUCGGUCGUCCUCAUUCGCAUCUUUCUCAGCGUCUCCUUCCUUAGGAGAGGUUUCCUGCAGAAUGGUGGGCUGUGCCCACCUGGCACAGUCCCUUACCCAGCAUUAACCUUGGGGGCUUUGUCUGCCACUGGCUAAAGACCUUGCAACCCUGUUCUUGGGAGACAUCCUCAUACUGGACCCGAGUGGGCAGCCGUUUACUAUGGUGCCUGGCUGGAUGAUGAAAGUUGUUCUAUUUUUGAGAUGAAAUUAAAGUUUAUGAUCAAGCA